GAUCAACUUUGACAGCUCGGCGCUCUGCAGGCGAGCCGGAACUGUUUUGUUUCCAUACCGGGCAAGUUGUGUAACGAAACGAAAGCAUUAAUAAUGUUAAAGUUUGCCAAUUUACUGAAAACACGGGUAGUAAAUGGGUUCGUGCGCUGCAAUUCUACCCCGGUCGCGGCCGUUGCAACACUGGAUCGACGGCCGGCACGAGCCGUGUGGUUAGAAAACAUGGACUCGGUAGAAGCACAGCAUUCUGGCAUCGUGGAAUUGGAUAACACAGUGUUUGGCGCCGCGCCUCGGAUUGACAUCGUUCACCAAAAUAUCGAAUGGCAAAGGAAAUACCGUUUCGUCAGCUUUGCGCACACGAAAACCAGAAAUGAGGUGCGUGGCGGAGGACGAAAGCCCUGGCCCCAGAAAGGUUUGGGCAGAGCUCGGCACGGUUCAAUUCGAUCGCCGUUGUGGAGAGGUGGCGGCAUUGCCCACGGCCCGAGAUCGGGUACAACGCAUUUCUACAUGUUACCGUUUUUCAACAGAGUGUUGGGAUUGGUUAGCACGUUGUCGAUUAAGCUAGCGCAAGACGAUUUGCACGUGGUAAAAGAUCUAGAGAUCCCCACGGAAGAUCCCCAGUAUCUGAGAGAUUUAGUUGCGACGCGCCUCUGGGGCCCCUCUGUGCUGUUUGUGGACACGACCGACGUUCUCCCCAGGAACAUAUCGCUAAGCGCAGAAAGUAUAAAUCACAUCAAUAUAAUGCCAACGUACGGGUUGAAUGUGUACUCUAUGCUGAAGCAUAACACCGUCGUGCUUACGGAGAGUGCAGUGCGAGACAUCGAGCGGAAGCUGUUGGAGCAUUUGCAUCGCAAUGACGCCCGUGCACAGAUGAGCAAAUUCAAAUAUGAUAAAUAAAGUGUAAACAGACCCAGGUUGAUAGUGCA